AUGGCAGGCUUUAACCGGCCACUCAAGCAACGCUCUUUGCGUGACCUAAGUGUUUUGAGGCUUCUAUCCUCCAUCACAUUGCUAUCGAGCUUUGUCUCCGCUUAUCAGCCCGUAUACUUUGAUUCUCCUGUUAUUGCUCCACAGAUUCCUUUGGCCGAACCUCCAUCUCUCUCAGGCACACAUGAAUUCACUCUCCGCCACAUCGUCCACCGAGGAACCGAACAUCCCGAUGUCCAUAAGAGGCUCGACAUCAAACCAGAUACCCGUCUUCGAGAAAUCUCAGAGGAUGGGAUUGAAACUGAGGCCAGCUUUGAUUUACCCCUCGUUGUCUCGUCGAAUCCGGUCACUAUCGAACGACUUGCGGAUCGACGUCUCUCGGUUAUUGAGGGACAUUUGAUGGCUGCAAGAUCCCGUGGCUCAGUAUCUGCUCUGUCACCAUCGGACUGGGUUAUGGAUGAACUGGCUGGCCCAAACAUUACCGAUAAAAAUACCGUACUCUCGCUAGCGAGAAUGACGGCAAAUGAUUAUAUUGAACAACCAGGCACCGAGGAUUGGCGCGAUGUCUCCGCACCUUUCAACUAUUCUUCGAGCUUCGGAUGGGCAGGUGACGGGCUGAGAGGUCAUAUAUACGCGGAUAAGACGAACAGUACCAUUGUUAUCUCGAUCAAAGGUACUUCAGCAGCUCUUUUCGAUGGUUACGGCACGACCACCAACGACAAAGAAAACGAUAAUCUGCUAUUCAGCUGUUGCUGUGGAGAGGGAGGCUCAUACCUCUGGAGACAGGUCUGCGAUUGUCAGACGUCUGCAUACACGGCCAACUUGACGUGUAUUGUCGACGCUAUGACUGGCGAAAACCGAUAUUACCGAGCCUCUAUCGAUCUCUACUCUAACGUUACACAAUUGUAUCCUGGUGCAAGUGUUUGGUUAACAGGCCAUUCUCUGGGUGGUGCUCUAUCCAGUCUUCUUGGGUUGACCUUUGGACUACCUGUUGUAACCUUUGAAGCUGUCCCGGAAGCGCUGCCUGCAGCCCGCUUAGGUCUUCCAAGCCCCCCUGGCACUGACCCGCUCCUGCCACAGAAAAGAAAAUAUACCGGAGCUUACCACUUUGGAAACACUGCAGACCCUGUUUAUAUGGGAACCUGCAAUGGUCUCACUUCGGUGUGCACAUGGGGCGGCUAUGCUAUGGAAUCUGCAUGCCACUCCGGUCAAAUGUGUGUGUACGACACUGUUGGAGAUAAAGGUUGGAGCGUGGGGAUUGGAUCCCACCGCAUCAAAUCGGUAAUUCCAAAUGUUAUAGAGGCUUAUGAUGAUGUCCCUCCUUGUGUGCCUGAAGAGGAAUGUUACGACUGUGCGCUAUGGAAAUUCUUCCGAAGCAAUGGCUCUGACAGCACACCGACAACGACAACCUCUGCAACCAGCUCCCCCACUUGGACAAGGACAUCGAUAUGCCAGACGCCCGGAUGGUGGGGAUGUCUGGAUGAAAGCACCACCGGCGUGACUACCACAACUUCGAGCUCGAGCUCAACCUCGACUUGCCACACCCCAGGUUGGUUUGGCUGCAAGGACCCAACAACCACCACUACUGCCACAGCCACACAGACUUCUGAGACUUCAACUACUACGACUUGCCAUACCCCGGGCUGGUUUGGCUGCAAGGACCCUACUACAACUUCCUCAGUCUCUAGCACGCUCGCACCUACACAGACUACCACAACAUGCACUGAUCCUGGCAUGUUCUGGGGUUGCCGUGACCCUGUAGCACUAAAUGCUCACCCCAUCACCGCGGCCCCCACUACUACCCCCAACUGA